AGGCCUGUUCCUGUCCCCGCGUUGCUCCGGCUCAGUGCUGCUGCGCGGCGAGCGGCCAGCGCCGAGGCCCGGUCCCGCGGGGCUGCAGGCCACGUCCGCCCUCCUGGCUUGUGGAGCGGUGGGGACGCCGUGCGCGCCCUCUUCUGGGGCACCUGCGCAGAGCUGUCCGUCUCGCUCUGCUGGCCGCUCCGGGCGCAGCACCUGCCUCCCGGCCGGGCCGGGCUCCCCCGGCCCCGGGGCCCCAGCUGCUUCGCCCGCCACGGCUGUGCGCUGCUGCUGGACACGGGCGCAAGGCCGCUGACGCUGGCUUUUUCUUGUAGAUGGGCUCUGUGGUUUUUUAAGAAUGACAAAAGCAAAACUUGGCAAGCAAACCUCCGGCUGAUCUCGAAGUUCGACACUGUUGAAGACUUCUGGGCUCUGUACAACCACAUCCAGCUGUCCAGUAAUUUAAUGCCUGGCUGUGACUACUCGCUCUUCAAGGAUGGCAUUGAGCCCAUGUGGGAAGAUGAGAAGAACAAGCGCGGAGGACGAUGGCUGAUCACGCUGAACAAGCAGCAGAGACGAAGUGACCUCGAUCGCUUUUGGCUAGAGACACUGCUGUGCCUUAUCGGAGAGUCUUUCGACGACUACAGUGACGACGUGUGUGGAGCGGUGGUCAACGUUAGAACUAAAGGGGAUAAGAUAGCGAUAUGGACUACUGAGUGCGAGAACAGGGAGGCCGUCACACACAUAGGGAGGGUAUACAAGGAGAGGUUAGGACUUCCUGCCAAGAUAGUGAUUGGGUACCAGUCCCACGCAGACACGGCUACCAAGAGCGGCUCUACCACUAAGAAUAGGUUUGUUGUGUAAGAAGACCCCUUCCGAGUGUCCUCACAGGAGACUGCGUCAAGCAAUCGAGAUUUGGGAGCUGAACCAAAGCCUCUUCGACAGCAGAGUGGACUGCGUUUAAAUUUGAUUUCCAUCUAAAUGUUGCUAAGAUAUAAGAAGUCUCAUUCGC